CACUUUCCCUCCCCUCGAGCUGCCGCCGCGGUAGGGACCUGGAGAGAGGCGCCGCCUCCGCCGCCGCACACGGAGACAUGUACCCGGGAGCCACCUCCGCCGGACCCGUGCUUGCACCUCCUCCGCCAUUGCCACCACCAAUACAGGGAUAUGCCUUUAAACCUCCUCCUCGACCAGAUUUUGGCACUUCUGGGAGAACAAUCAAACUGCAGGCCAACUUCUUUGAAAUGGACAUUCCUAAAAUAGAUAUCUACCAUUACGAAUUGGAUAUAAAGCCAGAAAAAUGCCCCAGAAGAGUUAACAGAGAAAUAGUGGAGCAUAUGGUUCAGCACUUUAAAACCCAGAUUUUUGGGGAUCGCAAACCGGUGUUUGAUGGAAGAAAAAACCUUUAUACAGCUAUGCCACUUCCCAUUGGGAGAGAUAAAGUGGAGCUGGAGGUCACGCUGCCAGGAGAAGGAAAGGACAGAAUAUUUAAGGUGGCUAUAAAGUGGAUGUCCUGUGUGAGUUUGCAGGCUUUACAUGAUGCUCUUUCUGGUCGGCUGCCAAGUGUCCCGUUUGAAACCAUCCAGGCACUGGAUGUAGUGAUGAGGCACUUGCCUUCCAUGAGAUAUACUCCUGUGGGGCGAUCUUUUUUUACAGCAUCAGAAGGGUGCUCAAAUCCAUUGGGGGGUGGCAGAGAAGUUUGGUUUGGCUUCCAUCAAUCAGUCAGACCUUCAUUAUGGAAAAUGAUGUUAAAUAUCGAUGUAUCUGCAACAGCAUUUUACAAAGCACAGCCAGUUAUCGAGUUUGUAUGUGAAGUUUUGGACUUCAAAAGUAUUGAAGAACAACAAAAACCUCUGACAGAUUCCCAAAGGGUAAAGUUUACCAAAGAAAUAAAAGGUCUAAAGGUGGAGAUAACACACUGUGGACAAAUGAAAAGGAAGUACAGAGUGUGCAAUGUCACCAGACGACCAGCAAGUCACCAAACAUUCCCACUUCAGCAGGAGAAUGGACAAACAGUUGAAUGCACUGUAGCUCAGUAUUUUAAGGACAGGCACAAAUUAGUUUUACGCUAUCCUCACCUUCCAUGUUUACAAGUUGGACAGGAGCAGAAACACACAUACCUUCCUCUGGAGGUGUGUAACAUAGUGGCAGGACAAAGAUGCAUAAAGAAACUCACUGACAAUCAAACUUCCACUAUGAUUCGAGCAACUGCCAGAUCAGCACCUGACCGUCAAGAAGAGAUUAGCAAAUUGAUGCGGAGUGCCAGUUUUAAUACCGACCCUUAUGUUCGUGAAUUUGGAAUAAUGGUCAAAGAUGAAAUGACAGAUGUGACCGGCAGAGUUCUACAGCCUCCUUCAAUCCUCUAUGGAGGCAGGAAUAAAGCAAUUGCUACACCAGUUCAGGGAGUCUGGGACAUGAGGAAUAAACAGUUUCACACUGGAAUUGAAAUAAAGGUUUGGGCAAUCGCGUGCUUUGCUCCCCAGCGCCAAUGCACUGAAGUUCAUCUGAAGUCCUUUACAGAACAACUGAGGAAAAUUUCCAGAGAUGCAGGAAUGCCAAUCCAGGGGCAGCCGUGCUUCUGUAAAUAUGCGCAGGGAGCUGACAGUGUGGAGCCCAUGUUCAGACAUCUCAAGAACACUUACACUGGGCUGCAGCUUGUUGUAGUAAUUUUGCCAGGAAAAACGCCAGUCUAUGCGGAAGUGAAGCGUGUUGGUGACACUGUGCUGGGAAUGGCUACACAGUGUGUUCAGAUGAAAAAUGUGCAAAGAACAACACCGCAAACUCUGUCUAACCUUUGCUUAAAAAUAAAUGUCAAAUUAGGAGGCGUAAAUAAUAUUUUACUGCCACAGGGAAGACCACCAGUAUUUCAACAGCCUGUCAUAUUCCUUGGUGCAGAUGUAACUCAUCCGCCAGCUGGAGAUGGAAAAAAACCUUCCAUUGCUGCAGUUGUAGGAAGUAUGGAUGCUCAUCCUAAUCGAUACUGUGCCACUGUUCGAGUCCAGCAGCACCGCCAAGAAAUCAUCCAAGAUUUGGCUGCCAUGGUCAGGGAGUUGCUUAUUCAGUUCUACAAAUCAACUAGAUUUAAACCAACUCGUAUAAUCUUCUACAGAGACGGUGUUUCUGAGGGGCAGUUUCAACAGGUUCUCCAUCAUGAAUUGCUGGCUAUCAGAGAAGCAUGCAUUAAACUAGAAAAGGAUUACCAGCCUGGAAUUACAUUUAUAGUUGUGCAGAAAAGGCAUCACACCAGACUCUUCUGUACAGAUAAAAAUGAACGGGUUGGAAAAAGUGGAAACAUUCCAGCUGGUACCACAGUGGACACAAAAAUCACCCAUCCAUCAGAGUUUGACUUUUACCUGUGUAGUCAUGCUGGUAUUCAGGGAACAAGCAGACCUUCUCAUUACCAUGUCCUCUGGGAUGACAAUCGUUUCUCUUCAGAUGAACUGCAGAUUCUUACCUACCAGCUGUGUCAUACAUAUGUACGCUGUACUCGUUCUGUUUCCAUCCCAGCACCAGCAUAUUACGCGCACCUGGUUGCCUUCAGAGCCAGGUAUCAUCUGGUGGAUAAAGAACACGAUAGGUGUACACCACAUCAUUUUGCAGCCUGGCUACAGGGAGAAAGCGACUGCCAGGGCCAACGUGAGGACAUGGUUCAUAUCAGGUCUCUUCCCAAGCAGUCUGGUUCAGCUCAGGCUGCGUAG